AUCUGAUUUGUAACAGCCUCCUGUGAUGAGAUCAGAGUUUGGGGUAAAGCUGGGCAAAUACUCUAGCAGUCUGAAAUUGCAGAUAGCUCUUCCAAAUCUGGGGGCAAACUGGACCUUCCUCUCUGUAGUUGUGGUCUUUUUGUGAUCUCUGAGAUUUAGCUCUGUGCUGAAGAAAGAACUCUAGGAAGGAUCUCCUGCAGUAUACUGUAUGUCAAAUGUUGCUGCUGCUGCAUAUACAGCUUUUUCUGCUUCAGUUUCUGUCUCAAAUUCCCUGUGCCAGUACACUGAUGAAAUGUCCAUUUAAGGUGAUAAUAGAAGAAAAGGAGUGGUUCCAUUACUACAAGCCUGGAGACUACUGGAUUACAGGAAUAAUGUCUGGACUCGUAGCUUCAUUGUACCAAUUUUCAUUCUCCAAGCUUCCAACCAACCAACUGAAAAGUGAGAACACCUUCUACCACAUUCUGCCCUUCUUGUUGGCUGUUCAUGAGGUCAACCAGAAUUCAAGGCUCUUACCCAACAUCACUCUGGGCUACAACAUCUAUGAGAACUUUUUCAGUGCAAGAAUGACAUAUGAGGCCAUGCUGGAUGUGCUGUCUACAGGACAGGAGAACAUCCCAAACUACAGAUGUGGAAGACAAAAGAACCUGCUGGCGAUUCUUGAAGAGAUGGAUUCUGAACUCUUCGAUCAUAUUUCCAAUGUCUUGAGCAUCUAUAAAUUUCCACAGGUAUAAAGUCAAAUGAAAUUAAUUCUGUGUUGUAAAAUGUUCAGAUUUGCCUAGAAGGCAGCAGUUGUAUAUAUUUCUCCAAAUAAAUUGAAAGUCAGAGAG